UCCAGCAUUGAUUAACUGGAUACUUAAAUAUUUAAUCAAUGCUUUCAGUAUUCACUAUUCACUAAUCACUAUCACAAUAUCAUAAUUAUUCACCGCCAUUUAGUAUUUACAAAAUAGUAAAUACUAGUGGUCAAAUUGUCAAUUGAUUUUAAUAACUUCUGACCAACUCAUAUCGCAUUGACGCGUGUAUUUAUUAUUUCGUCUUUGGGUGUUAUGGGUAAACCGCGUUCUACUAAUUUUGUGUCAUUGUUACACUCAGAGAUUUUUCAACAUUGCUGAUAAAAAAUACACCCGGUUGUAAUUAUUAUUUACAAAAUGAAUAAUACCAAAAACAAAUGUGUUUUGUUAACUGGCGGUGCAGGGUAUGUUGGUAGCCAUACUAUUAUACCUUUAAUUGAAUCCGGGUAUGAGGUGGUGGUCUUAGAUAAUUUGUCAAAUGCAUGUAAAGGAAAUGAAGGACAAAAUCCAGUUCCUAUAUCUCAAGUGGAAAAAUUAGUUGGUAAGCCUAUCACAUUCUAUAACGUUGAUCUCUUGGACUACGAUUCUCUCUCCAAAGUGUUCAAUAAGCAUAAUUUCUGUUGUGUUAUUCAUUUUGCUGGAUUAAAAGCUGUUGGUGAAUCAUGUAUCAUUCCUUUGACUUAUUAUCGAGUCAAUGUCUCAGGGUCAAUCAAUUUAUUUCAAGUUAUGAAAGAACACAAUGUAAAGAAACUUGUAUUUUCCUCCUCGUCUACAGUAUACGGUGAACCACAAUUUUUACCAAUAACUGAAUCGCAUCCAGUUGGUCAAAAUUUACUCAAUGGAUAUGCUAAAUCAAAAUAUUAUAUUGAAGGAAUAAUACAAGACUUAUGCAAUUCUGAUAAAGAAUGGUUUGUGAUUAUUUUACGGUAUUUCAAUCCAGUUGGAGCUCAUCCUUCUGGAAUUUUGGGAGAAGAUCCUACUGGAAUUCCUAAUAAUUUAAUGCCAUAUGUUGCUCAAGUUGCUGUUGGAAAUCGACCAUGUAUUAAUGUUUUUGGAAAUGAUUAUAAUACUGUUGACGGAACAGGAGUAAGAGACUACCUUCACAUUAUGGAUCUAGCUGAAGGUCAUGUUAGUGCAUUACAGAAGUUACAAAAUGCAGAUGAAAAAGGAGCUAUAGCUAUAAAUUUAGGCACGGGGAAUGGAUAUUCAGUAUUACAAGUAAUUGAUAUGUUUAGUCAAGUUAGUGGACAAAAAGUAAAAUAUGCUAUUGUUGAUCGUCGAUCUGGUGAUUGUGCUUCUUCUUAUUGUGAUGCAUCGUUUGCAAAAUCAUAUCUUGGAUGGGAAGCUAAGAGAACUUUAAAGGAAAUGUGUGAAGAUACAUGGAGAUGGCAGUCGUUGUAUCCUCAAGGUUUUUCUACUAAAAAAUAACCAUACCAUGGUUACUUAAAAUUAUGAACAAAUUAUUAUUGUUAUUGUUUUAUUAUAAUUAUUAUUAUUUAUAAAACAUUUUUGGGCAUUUUUAAAC